AUGGCACACCUCGCACGCACCCUACCCAGAAGGGCCCUGCCCACCCGGAUAACGCCCUACCUGCGCCAGACCCAAGCACUGAGCACAUCCACAAUCCAACCCACGUUCGUACGAACCCGCCGAACUCCGACACCAACACCAACACCAGCACAAUGCCAACCGAAGACCCUCCUCUCCCAAGCCAGAGCCUACCACUCAGCCCUGCAUCCCCGCCUCCCAGACCACGAAUACACAAACUCGCAAACAGCAAUCCUAACCGCUGCCCUCGACCACGUCCCAGCACACGGCUUCACCAGCACAGCAUUGACACUCGGAGCCCGUGACGCCGGCUUCCUAGAUGUAUCUGUGCAAUUGCUCCCGCGGGGCGAAUUCGACCUUAUCCUCUUCUGGCUUGCUAGUCGACGGGGAUUGUUGCGCGGGAAGGUCGAAGAGGGCGGCUUGUUCCGGCGCAUUGCAGCGGAGAAGGGAAAGGAUGUCUACGAGCUUGGCGUAGAGGAACGGGUUCGCGGGCUGCUUUUGGAGAGGCUGAGGAUGAAUGAUGAGGUUAGGCAUGUUUGGCAGGAUGCCCUUGCGCAAAUGUCCCUCUUGGCUAAUAUUCCUCUCUCCCUAACGGAGCUGCAUGCCCUUGCAUCUGAUAUUCUCACUCUAUCCGGCGACACAGCCGUCGAUGCGGCCUGGUAUACACGCCGCGUGGCUGUUUCGGCCAUCUACGCCAGCGCCGAGGUCGUUAUGACGCGCGAUCCGACACCUGAUCUGUCUGAGACUGCUGCGUUUGUUGAGCGCCGGUUUGAGGAUCGUCAAGCUAUUGCCGAUAAACUUACUGGUAUUGGCCAAUGUGCUGGCUUUGGAUGGAAUACUGCUGUUGGACUUGGCCGUAGCUGGGGACUGAAGAUUUGA